AUGGGGAGACGGAUGAUAUGGAAUCACAAGGCUUUGCCGCUGCGUCGAUAUGGCACAAGCACAAGCACAAGCACAAGCACCAGCACCAGCACCAGUACAAGUACAAGUACAAGGACAACUCAUCCGCCAAUCGUUAGGAUCAACAAUGGCACAUUUUAUCGACAUCAUCCGAAUUCAUCUCAUCAUCUUCCUGGACACGCGAAUCCUGCUCUAUUUGAGAAAUUCAAUUUUGAAAUCCCUUCAUUUGCGGAAAGGGAGAAACAUUUGGCUAUACUUGGAGCUUCAUCAUCUGGAAAAACUACAUUAUUGCAGAUUCUUAGAGGAGGUCUUUUAUGUAUUCCGCCAACAGCACGAUCAUAUCCAUACCUUAGCAGCGAUGUCUCCAAGCCACGAACUCCGCGCAAAGCGAUCAAAUAUGUGGGAUUUGAUGGGGAACAAGGGUUGGGAAAGCAGGCUCCGAAAAGUGCAUAUCUGAGUGCGAGAUAUGAGUCGAGGAGAGAGGGUACAGAUUUUUGUGUGUGGGAUUAUUUACAAGGGAAUACAGAACUUAAUCCUUCGAUGAAGAUAGAUGGAAUUGGAUUUGAUCCUGAGAUACUCGUUCGUGUGAUAAAUGAUUUACGAUUGGGAGAGUUAUUGAAUAUGCCGGUAUCGAACCUGAGUAAUGGACAAACGAGAAGAUCGAGAAUUGCGAGAGCGUUGUUGGAGGAUCCAGAAGUCUUGCUUUUGGAUGAACCGUUUAUGGGAUUGGAUCCUCCGACGUUGUUAACUUUGAGUCCGAUGUUGCAUCGAUUGGCGAAGGCAAAUACUCCGAGACUUGUUUUGUCGUUGAGACCGCAGGAUCCAAUACCCCAUUGGAUUACGGAUUUGGUGUAUUUGAAGGGGAAUUGUGAAGUUGCUUUCUUGGGACCAAAGGAUGAUGUUUUGCGUCAAUUGAGAGAGCAUGUUGAGAGGAGUAGGGAUUGGGACGAUGGUUUGAAUCUUCACUUGACACCAUCGUCUUUGAAGGAGAUUGGGAGGAAGUUGACUUUAGAGGGGAUUGAACAACCUAGUUUUGAGGAAAGUGUAGCUACAAGUGGCAUUUCCAUGGUGAAUUCAGAGGAUUUUCAAGAAGAGACAGGUCUAAUGAGCCGUGAUGGUUACCCUCUGAAUGACGUUAAGCCACCAGCAACGGGCGAGGCACUCAUAGAGAUGGAAGGUGCUCGAGUAAAGUAUGGAGAUAAAUCUGUUCUUGGUAAUUGGACGGAGACAGUAAAUGGUGUUGAAAAAGAUGGUUUAUGGUGGAACGUCAAACGAGGUGAGAGAUGGGGUAUUUUUGGUCCAAAUGGUUCUGGAAAAACAACUCUUCUAUCUCUGAUCUGUUCUGAUCACCCUCAGACCUACUCCCUUCCCAUCCGUCUAUUUGGCAAAUCUAGAUUACCAGAACCUGGCAAGCCUGGAAUAUCGAUCUUUGAUCUCCAAUCCAGAAUUGGUCACUCCAGUCCCGAGAUUCAUAAUCAUAUUCCUCGCAAUCUGACUUUGAGAAAGGUUCUCGCCAAUGCUUGGGCAGAUACAUUUAUGGGAAUCCCAAAAUUAAAUGCUAAUGCGAAUGAACGCAUCGAUGCAGCAUUACGAUGGUUUGAACGAGAUUUGAGAGUAGGAGGAGCUACCGCUCAAGGUAAAGAGAAUGAAUCAUUAUCAUGGGCUAAUGAUAUCUUGUUCCGCGAAAUGCCAUUCUCAUCUCAGAGAGUAGCACUCUUUCUACGCGCUAUUAUUAAAGCACCAGAUUUGGUUAUUCUAGAUGAAGCAUUCAGCGGUAUGGACGAUGGAGUUCGUGAUCGAUGUCUUUUAUUCCUCGCUCAUGGCGAGGAAAAAGAAUUCGCUCAUAGUCAACAUCAACAUGAACUAUCUGUCAAUGAAAUGGAAAAUAAAUUGAAAUAUACGAGGAUUGUCGAAUCGAAUAUCUUAAAAGAAGGGAGGGUAAGGAUUAAGGGAUUGAGUCAGAAUCAAGCACUUCUUUGUAUAAGUCAUGUGAGAGAAGAGAUACCCGGGAGUGUGAGGGAGUGGAUUUGUUUACCGGAGGCGAAUACGGGGAAAGGUGCGAGGGUUGGGAGGUUGGAUGGGCCGAUUGAGGGGGAUUGGAGGAGGUGGGGGGAGAUUUGGGGGCUUUCAUAA